UUCGUCAACGGUUCCUUGUCCGCUUUAAAACACAUUUAGGGAUUAUUUAUUUUUAGCUCUGGCGUGUGUCCGCUGUACCGGGGCCUAGCUGAUACAUCCAGAUGGUUUUGCUAAGGUGCAUGUUUACGGAUUCCUGGAGAUUAUGCGUACCCAGCUCAUCUCAUGUGUGUUGUGGCUGUGGAUCCUGACUUGCUGCUAACACUCACUGGGCUCCAGUGUGCUCCAUGACGCCUCAUACGAGGUCAGACAGAGGACAGCAACCCCACUUCCCAUUUCCCUUUCGAAACCUCAACCCCCAUCGCUACAGCAGACCAGCUUAAGUUUCCCAGAAUGCACCUCUCCAGCCGGCUGACCCCCGGGUCGGCAGCUGUCAGUCACAUCCUCAGCUGGCUCUGCAGCUUCUGGACAUAGACUGGAGGAUGUGAGGGAGGCCUCUGAGAGGAGCCCUGGCUCUGCAUAUGGGAUCAUCUCUGUGCAUUCAUGAGUUCAAAAUGGAAUCAAAUGGGGCUUAUGAGGCCUCUCAGCCCAAAUGGACCUCAUGUUUACACACUUGUCUAUCAGCUGAGCAGCAUGCGGCCUCAGGUAUCCAGAGAGAUGGUGAGAUGUCCCAAAAACCAACGGUACCGUGUCUGAACCUGACCAGCAGGCGGACGCCAGAAAACUCUCCGGGACUGGAGCACGGCGGCUCCGGCUCCUUUCUUCCCUGCGAUGAGCUGCAGAAACCCUCGCACCUUCCACCUCCUCUUCCUCACCGUCUCAGCCUGCGCGGGGAUCUGUACGCCGCCGCCAUGGGGAGGUUUGGUGAUGCUGCGGCGGACUUUACGCACAGCGCUGCCCCGGCGAACCCGCCCGCCUCACCGUCCAAACACAGCAAGUUCUUGGACAGUAUAAACCAGGAUCAAAAGGGGACAGCGAUAAGCGGCAAGCCGGCGUUUUAUGAGAGCAACUCGGAAGUCAGAGAGAAAGGAGCUUCAAAGACCAUGGGCUAUCCUGGUAUUGGCACAGACUGUUGUGGCAAGCUGAAAGAGCCAGGCGGCGGCUUACAUGUGGACUCUAUCGCUGACUCCAUCGACUUAUCAGGCAAGAACAAGAAGCGGCGCAAUCGUACCACCUUCAGCACCUUCCAGCUGGAGGAGCUGGAGAAAGUGUUUCAGAAGACACACUACCCUGACGUGUACGCCCGGGAGCAGCUGGCCCUGAGGACCGAGCUCACCGAGGCUCGGGUUCAGGUUUGGUUCCAGAAUCGUAGAGCCAAGUGGAGGAAACGGGAACGCUAUGGGAAGAUCCAGGAGGUCCGCAACCACUUUGCUACAUAUGAUAUCUCUCUUCUCCCUCGCCAUGACACAUACCAGAUGCAGGGCAACCUGUGGCCAGGGGCGGCUUCAGGAGGAGGCGGUGGUUCAGGUGCUGGUUGUGUCCUAGGAGCUGACUCCAUCCCCUCGUCCUGCAUGAGUCCAUACGCUCACCCCCACAGCAAUCUGCAGGGCUUCAUGGGCAUGCCCACGUCCCCCAGCCAUCCCCACCACCACCACCCGCCACACCAUCCAGGCAUCAACGGCCUGUACUCGCUCCACAGCUUCCCAGGAGGCCUCGGGUCCCCUUCCAUUGAGGGGCCAGAGACCGAAUACAAGCCGACGGGCCUGGUGGCGCUGCGGAUGAAAGCCAAAGAGCCAGGCAGCAUCCUCUCCUGGCCUACAUGACCACAACAGUGCCAGCUCCCCAUUAUGCACUGACUGAGCCAAAGCAUAUUACAUUCCUGACCCAUACACAGUCCCUGAUGUACACACCCACCUCAGCAUAUGACUCAAAUAUUUCCUCUUAACAUUUAUAUAAGCCAACUUGGUGACUUUUCACAAUUCAGAAGAUCUUGGAAUAGAAAUUUCAUGAACAUUGAGGGCAACUUGAGCCUCUUGCAUGAAAAACCCAGCGUAUUAAUAGGAACUUUUAGUUUGAUAUCACAAUGCUGACACCAAAGAGGAAAAAUUAUUUAAGCAUGUAAAAAUUGUAAUUAUCAUAUUAAUCUUUUUUUUGUCUGUCGUGCUUUGUAGUGUGACCAGUAAUAAAGGCCUCCAUCUAAAUCA